GCAUCGUUUGUUAGUUCUAUCUGAUUCUGUCACAAAUUUGUACAAUCCUGUCCUAAUGUCAGAAGUGCAUAUGGCGUUAUAUAUGUUCUGUGUAUAUAUGGAAGGAUAUUAGUUUAAGAGUGCUUACAAACGAAUUAAACAGAUCAUCUACAUCGUAAUUUGAUAAGUAAUAAUGGAUAUUGAUGAGGAUUAUGACACUGAACAAAGUGAUUACGGCGAUAUACCUAUAGUAGAGUCUCCACAUAGUGGCCCAGAUGAGGAUCAUGAAAAUUGGUCAGACGUAAGCACAGUUGAACUAGAUCUGUCAAGCAAUAGGCUAGAGCCCAAUAUGGAUGACGUACCAGUGCCCUCAGAGAAUACAUUUGAUGUAACAUUACCAGCAGCACAUUCUUAUUUAGGACAAAAUUUAGAGGAAUUGAGAGGAAGAACUAUAUUGGAUGAUGGUAUUUAUAUAAAUCUACCAUUAUUAGUGAAGCAGUCUGUAUUGUUCCCUGGACAAACGUUACCAAUGACAGUCUUUGGCACACAGACUAUAGAGAUGUUACAAACUUGUAUACAAAAUGAUCGUACUUUUGGUGUCGUGUGUUAUGGUAAUCCUGAUAUGGAGCGAAUAGGGACAACUGCUGAAAUCUACGAAUACACAGAUGGGGGUAUAUGGUUGGAUCAUGGUCGACGAGAGUUUCGUUUGAAAGCUAAAGGCAGACAACGUUUUAAAAUAUUACGUAUUAUUACACAGGAUAACAAUAAAAUUUCGGCCAAUGUUAAAGUAUUACCAGAGAUAACACUUGAGCCACCGUUUUUGGACCAACGCUUAGCUUCAUUAGAUCAUUUACGAAUUUCUGUUGAUUCUGAAAAAGAUAUGAAAAAGCAGGAAAGAGUAGAAAACUUGGACGCUGCAGUGACUGCUUGGCCAGCUUGGGUUUAUAGACAGUACGAUCCUAUAAGACUUUCUUUUAGAAUACGUCAGCAUCUGCAAUUUCUUGAAACUAGAGGUGGUAGUGUACCCAAAAAUCCCAUAGAUUUGUCCUUUUGGGUUGCACAAAAUAUCUUAAUGGAUCACAAUGAAAGACUCAUGUUGUUAACUUAUGACUGUGCUAUUUCUCGAUUACAAAGAGAAAUAAAGUAUCUCGUAGAGGAUAAGAUAUACGUAUGCGUUAAUUGUGAAUCCUUUAUUGGGAGGCAGUCACAUAUGUUCCCAAUGAAUAAAGAAGGCCCACAGGGUACUUAUGUCAAUCCUGGUGGCGUUAUACAUGAAACUAUAACUUUUUAUCAUGUUCAAGGAGUUGUACUUAACAAUUCGGAUCCUUCGACUGAGUAUAGCUGGUUUCCGGGAUAUGCAUGGACAAUAGCUAUCUGUAAAGGUUGUCGUCAUCACGUUGGUUGGAAGUUCACAGCAGUUCAAAGUAAUUUAAGGCCCAAAGAAUUUUGGGGAUUAACACGUAGAAGCUUGAAAAAUAAAGAUUUAAAAGUUAAGAAGAAGAAAUAAACAGGAUUAAACAUUAAUAUACAUUAAGCAUUAUAAUUAUCUUAGUUAUUAGGUGGAUAUUCUUUGAUUCAAACAAACAGCAUACAGCCAUGUCGUAGGAUAUUGUUAGCGAAUGUCAUUUAUUUAAAAUUCUGACGUUAAAAAAUAUAUAGAUCUAAUCUUUUGGUCAAGUUUCGACUAUCAUUAAUAGUUAAAAACUAUAUUAAAACAUAUUACAAAUUUGCGCUAAAAGUUUCUAUAAAAUAUAGGCUGUUUUCAAUUUCUUACGUUAGUCGAAGUAAAAUAAUGCAAGAUGUUAUAAAUUAAAAUUGAAUGAUUUUUUGAUACUGUCUUCAAAUUCUUCGUUAGUCAUAUUGAUAUGAUAUUAUUAUGUUUUCUUUUUUGAACGCUGUGUGCAAACGCAAGACUUUCAAAUACUGUGCUAGAAACAUGAUCAUCAAUGGUUACACAAUAAUUGUCCGAAAUCUUACAAAUGAUAUCAAUAUCACACUAUUCUCACAGAAGGUUAUUUUUACUAUCCUUUAAUAAUUAAUU